AUGGGGAACGCACAGGAGAAACCCCCUGGCAGCGGAGGAGGGGCAGCCAGACCGGAUCAGGCCACAGCGGGGAGCGGGACGAGAAGCCGGGGUGGAGGCGGCGGGGAAAAGCCCCAGAAUGACAGAGCUCAGGAGAAGGGGGUGGCCAAUGGCACUCAGAGAGAAAACAGCCCUGCUGGUGGACAGGGGGAGCAGGGCAGCCCUGCAGUGGACACAAGUUACCUGGACGCUCCUGCCGGGGCCCUGCCUCCUCACCUGGCCCGGCUCAAGAAUGAGGGGAACCACCUCUUCAAGCAUGGGCAGUUUGGAGACGCCUUGGAGAAGUACAGCCAGGCCAUUGAUGGAUGUGCUGAAGCAGGCAUCGAUAGUCCAGAAGACCUGUGCAUUCUCUACUCCAACAGAGCUGCCUGUUACCUAAAGGACGGAAACAGCACAGACUGCAUACAGGACUGCACCAAGGCUUUGGAGCUGCAGUCCUACUCCUUGAAGCCCCUGUUACGCAGAGCUAUGGCCUAUGAGUCACUGGAGCGCUACAGAAAGGCCUACGUGGAUUACAAGACCGUCCUGCAGAUCGACACCGGGGUGCAGGCGGCUCAUGACAGCGUCCACAGGAUCACCAAGAUGCUGAUUGAGCAGGACGGGCCUGAGUGGAGAGAAAAGCUGCCAGAGAUUCCCGUCGUCCCUCUGUCUGUCCAGCAGCAACACAGGGAGAAACCCAUGAGCGUGGAGCAGGCUCAAGCCAGGGCCGCCAGGGCUGCACAGGAGGAAGCCAGAAGAAAAGAAGCCCGCUUUACUUUACUCAAACACGAAGGCAACAGCCUGGUGAAGAAAGGAAACUUCGAGGAGGCUCUGGAGAAGUACAGCGAAUGCCUCACCCUAAAACCUGACGAAUGUGCUCUUUACACAAACAGAGCCAUUUGUCUCCUGAAACUGAAUCGCUUUGAAGAGGCCAAACAGGAUUGCGACUCUGCACUGCAGCUGGAGCCGGCCAACAAGAAAGCCUUCUACAGAAGAGCCCUGGCUUUUAAGGGUUUACAGGACUACCUGUCAGCCAGCAGUGACCUCCAGGAAGUCCUGCAGCUGGACCCCAACAUCCGGGAGGCCGAGCAGGAGCUGGAGGAGGUGACGGGUUUGCUGAGAAAGACCCUGAUGGACUCUGCGAACAGGGUGUGACGGCUCCUCGCGAUGCACAGGUGUGGACACACAUCGUACUGUAGCAGUUGUGGACUUUUACAGCCAUCAGCUGCUGUGAGUAAGACGUGUAAAAAUGGAAACGACUGACUCGAGGGACGAGCACCACUGCGGACGACCAGCUUUUUUUCCAGCUCUGCAACGUGUGCAAACCA